AUGCGCUCCUUUAUCGCGGCGGUCCUGCGCGCCGGCGGCGCACCGCCAUCCCGACGCGUCCGCUGCUACUCGUCAUCGCCCAGCGGCGCGCUCGCCGCCCUGGCUACACAUCACCGAAGCCAACUAGUACAAAACCACUCGACGAUGACGACGACGACGACGGCAUCGUCCCUGCCACCACAACAUAACCACCGCCGUCACUUCUCCCAACACCGUCCGCAGCCCCUCCGACUUGCCGCCUCCCCCGCCGAUACCUCCGAGCCACCACCACCACCACCACCCGCCCCCUCAACGCACUACGACCUCUUCCCCGCGACCCUCCCCCUCGGCCCCCCUCCGCGCGGCCACUUCCCCAUCGACACCCGCGCCCUUCGUCGCGAGUUCCUCUCCCUCCAAGCCCGCGCCCACCCGGACCUGCACCCGCCCGGCGCCGCCAAAACCUCCGCGGCCGCGCUCUCCGCGCGCAUCAACGACGCCUACCGCACGCUCGCCAACCCGUUGCUGCGCGCGCAGUACCUGCUCGCGCUGCGCGGCGUCGACGUCGCCGCCGACGAGCGCCUGAAGGUGGACGAGCCGGCGCUGCUGGGCGAGGUGCUGGAGGCGCGGGAGGAGAUUGAGGAGGCGCGGGUGGAGGAGGACCUGGAGCCGGCGCGGGAGGCGAACGAGGCGCGCAUCGCGGCGGGCGAGGAGGCGCUGGAGGUGGCGUUCAGGGAGGACGACGUCGAGGCGGCCAAGAGGGAGGCGGUGAGGAUGCGGUACUGGGUCAACAUCAGGGAGAGCCUGGACAACUGGGAGCCGGGCAAGCCGAUUGUGCUGGAGCACUGA